CGUGACUCUUGCCAUACAAAAAAAGGAGCCUUGCGCAUAUGCAUCUGGAGUCAGAUGAUUUACAACAGUGUGUGAUCAACGCUUGCCCCUUGUCCUGUGUUUUCAUGAUAUGUAGUUCUUGGCACGCUAUAGUCUACAAGGAGCUUAGUGUACCCUAUAAGCUAGCCUAUUUAUACUCUUUGAUCCGCCGCCUUCGCAUUAUACCACCAUAACGUGACGGCCAAAACCCUUCACUAAACCUAUGCCGCCGAAAAAGCCUGUCUACAAAUCUCCCUUCCAGCACCCCUACUUUCCUGACUUCCCGGGAGAUGGAGUUGGGAUGACUGCCAGGUGUAAGGAGGAAUGGGCUAUUGUGGAGAUCAGCACCACCAUCAGGCUGAAACCAGAGUGGUGGACCAAGUAUAAGGAUCAAGUCAUUUUGGAGAAGUGGAGGAAGGAGCUCCAGGAGCAAAGCGAAGAAGCCACACCGGCUGUCAUCGACUAUGUCUUCCAAGAAUUAGAGUGGUACGAGAAGCUCAAGAAUGAGUCAGGGGAUCUCUUCCAGCCAAUGUGCCACGAGAGUAUUUUUGCCUCUCUUGAUGGCAUUCAGGUUAUCGAAGACGAUUUGAAGUCUUUGUUUAGGCGUGAAGCGUUCAAGUUAUUGGAGGAGGGCGUUUCGGAGGGUAAGAAGGACUGGCAUCCGAACUCCAACAACCAGGUGCUUGAUUUGGUACACCCUUCGCUCUACCCCUUGCAAUAUGGGCUCACCCCGGUUCUCCAAAGUGACGGUUCUACUAAGCCUGCUCCAUUUGAUAAGGACCUCAUCAAGUCUGUCAAGCCCCAAGUGGAGAACUUUGGGGUUUCAGAGAGAUUCCAGUGGCUACCAUCUAUCUUCAAAGUGAACAAGAGUGGAGAACACUUGAUCACCAUUGAGUCGUAUAUCAACAAUCUCCACCCUGUACGGUGCAGGUCUCUCUAUCAGCCAAUCGGUGACAUCUUUGCUCGCUGUGUUCCUGGCAUCAACUCCUGUCUCUCCCGUGCCGUCUCGACAGAGUAUGUUCGUAUUGAUGUUCCCUACGGCGAGGACGAAACCUACGACGAAGAAUUCUUGAAGGAAAUAAGAAAAUAUACUGGUGGCGAUGACGAAGCUGAAGAUGGCAGAGACCCGUGGGAUAUUUACGAAGAAAUUUGGGACACCAGAGAGGAUCAUAUCAAACCUUUGGAAUUUUCCUAUACUGCUCCUCCCGAAACCAAAAAAUUUGAUAUUACCGACUUUAACGAUUUGAGGGUCAUCACUAAGUUGGCCAAUAUUGUUCUCACGCCAGAGAGUCCAGAGUACCCCGGUGGCUCGUGGCAUGUGGAGGGGACCAUCAACGAAGACAUUGUUGCUACUGUUCUCUACUAUUACGACUCGGAAAACAUUACGGAGUCGAAUUUAUCCUUCCGUAUGGCUUUCAAUGAACCUCAGUAUGAACAAGGGGAUGAUGUUUUCUGUCGGGUCCGCUAUGGUCUUGAAAAUGAGCAAAAUUUGACUCAUAGGCUUGGUUCCGUUGAGGCGAAAGAGAACCGGGUGACUAUUUUCCCGAACGUGUUCCAACACCACGUAGAUGCCUUUAAGCUCAGCGACCCCUCCAAGCCUGGUCACCGCAAGAUCUUGUGCUUCUUCAUCGUUGACCCAUACAAUGAGCAGGUUGUGGCUACUGAUAAGGUUCCGCCUCAGCAGCAUGACCUGUGGGUUGAUUCCUUGAAAGGUGAUGGGUACUUGACCAAGUUUCCCGUGGAAUUGUUCAACAAGAUCACAGACCUGGUCGACUGGCCAAUAACGUUGGAAAAAGCCAAGAAGGUCAGGGAAGAGUUGAUAGGCGAGAGAUCUGAAACACAUGCAACGGCAGAUGGUAAUUACGACUAUGAGGAUCUAACACCCUUCACCAGAGAGUUUUCGCUUUGUGAACACUGAAUCAAUGAGCAACCAAGGUCGGGCUCGCGGCCUACUCGAUACUGAUCCCAAUAGCUGAAUAGUUUAUAUAACUACACUAUGGCAUGAUAAUUGUUCUCGUUGUUUGUGCUUCAACUCACCUUGUGGUUCAUAAUCACACCGUUAGAAAAUCAGUAAAAAGUGCUAAGGUGAUCAUGAGGGAUGUAGGAAGCCGUAACUAAUGCCAUUAUAUUAUAUAUAUCGUAUAUAGAUAUACAUAAACCCCGUUUUCGUAAAUUCUUACCCUCCCCCUAUUAACUACAUAUAUAGUUAUAAAUAGUUACGAAUAUUUAGUUACAAAC